UGACAAUUAUAGAAUACAGAAAUGUUGCUAGUAAACUGGAGAUGAGAAGGGUGCUGUUGUUUGUGGUGGUCGUGGGUGCUAGUGGAGAGUGUGUGUGGGUCUGUGUGUGAGUUGACUUUACACCUGCUCGGCUGCCUCCACUUGGACCAUGGAGUUUAGAUGUCUCCUCUUUGUUCUUAUUUCUUCUUCGGUGGUGCUCAUCACUCAAUCUGACAUGACCACUAAAGACCCUGACUGGAGUGAUGUCGUCGUGACAAUGGUUGGCAGGGAAGUCACCUUACCCUGUGUUGAUUGGCCUCUCACGGGUUCUGUGAGCAUUAAUUGGAAGAUGCAGUCUCCUAGCGUGGACCACUGGAAACUGGUCCUCUCGGCCAAUGAGAGUCAGCAGUUCUCAGGCGCAGCCUCAAAGGCUUCCAUGCGAUUGGUUGACUCAAACUUUCAGGAAACUGGGAACUUCUCUCUGCUGUUCGUCCCCAAAAUGGAGGACAAUGGUCGCUACUCCUGUCUGAUUAUACAGCAACAGAAGAAACUGAGAGAGAAGAUCAUACUAUUAGCCGUCCUCACAGUCUCUAUCUUUCCUUCAGGCACUCUCCCUCAGUACAGCACACUGCGUCUGAUGGCAGAAGUGAACCCCGCCUCCGCCGUUUCUGAGGUAACCUGGCUGUCCCCUGGCGGGACGCCCCUACGAUUGGCAAGGAGAUCAGGGGGGGGGAUUGCCAAGCUGCCUCAGAUACUCCCCACUGACCAGGGGGUAUACAUCUGCCAGGUGUACCCAAGGGGUAACAGCAGCACCCCUAUGUUCCCCUUCACUGUGGACCUCCGCGUGGAUGGUAUGAAUGUGGCCUCGUUCACCAAUAUAAGCCAUAGUCCUCAGAUCUCUAUGGCCAGUCUCACCCAGACCCCUCUCACCCUCGCCUGCUCUCCGAUGCAGGGCGACUAUGUCCUGCUCUAUUGGAAGCCCCCAGACAGCAGAAACACCAACACCACAACCCUGGUCUACGGGUAUGACCGCUGGAGGGACCGCACAGAGAAAAGCAAGACUCAUGCCCAGUUGAGCCUGGAUGGGCCAUUGUCUACCCCAAAAGAGGGUAUCUUCUCCUUCCUGCUGAGCCCGGGGCUGAAUGACGGAGGCCUCUACAUGUGUGAGGUCUUCCUCAAUGACAACGUGUUCAGCCAGAGGACCCUGCUUAGCAUCCUCCAAGUGAAAGCCAGACAUUCUCCAACAGCCCUGGUCCUGACAUGUCAGUAUACAGAGCGCUCCCAGGUGAAGCGGGUGGUGUGGAGCCACCAGAACCAGAGUCGCACGCUGAAGUGGAGCUCCUCUGGCCCGGGUCGCCUCAGCACCGAGGUUCCCCUGUCCCCCACCCAGGACACGGCUGGGAACUACACCUGCACCAUGCUACUGCGGAACGGACAGGCGGUCAAGGCUGUUUACACCAUCAAACUGCCCCCGAAAGAUACACACACAGUUCUUCACACCUUCGGAGGAAACGGCAACAGACAAGCAUGUGUGUUCCCCUUCGUGUUUCUAGGGGAGACUUAUGAAGGUUGCACGACGGAUGGUCGCAGUGAUGGGUACCGCUGGUGCUCCACCACAUACAACUUUGACAAGGAUAAGAAAUAUGGCUUCUGUCCCAACGGAGACAACACAGAGAGCACUACUUCUAUCUCUCCUCCUCACCCAGAGAGCAACAUUGCCUCGCUCCUUCCCUUCCUCUCUGCUUUAUUACUCCUGGUGCCCCUGGUUGCCGCGGUUGCCGGUGUGUUGCUAUGGAGACAGAAAGACAUUUCUCGCCACGGUAUUGAACAGUCUCUCUCCCACUACUCUGGGGAAGUGGAAAAUAUCUAUGAGAAUCCUGAGGAUGUCAGACAGACUUCUCCCCAGGGUUCAGUGUACAUGGACCUGAAGCCCAGAGUGGAGGAUGAUGUCUAUGAGGAAUUGGAUCGAUACAAAUCAUGCAGUCUUCUGGAGACCUCCACAUCUCAGGAUUUAUCAGCAAAAGCUUGAAGCAAUAUUAUCUCACCUCUGUUCAGUAUAUGGACAUUUACAGUGCCUUGACUUUUUUCACAUUUUGUUGUGUUACAGCCUAAAUGGAUUACGUUGAGAUUUUAUGUCACUAGCCAACACACAAUACCCGAUAAUGUCAAAGUGGAAUUAUGUUUUUUGACAUUUUUACAAAUUAAUAAAAAAUGUAAAGCUGAAAUGUCUUA